GCUUCAGCAUUACAGACUUUGUUUGGUAGACUUACCAUCUGCAUAGCCUAUCUGUGGGUGUCUGUGUGGCGAACAAGUAGCCUAGCUAUCUGCAACAAACUGUUGCUAUAAUGAAUUAUCAAAAAAAGGUAAUUGCAUUAAUUUGAAAUCAGUUAGCAUUACUUUUGACUAUUUAAACCAGCAUCUUUUGUGUGUAUGUGUGUUUGUGUGUAUGCGCGCGCGCACCUACUGGGGGUCAUGCCAACAUGGGAGGGACCGGACCGUCAAGUGGCCAGCUCUCGAGCCCACCCGCCCACCGCGCGCCACUCCACACCGGGAGCAGAGCGUGAGGAUGAUGCCAGCUAGAGAUAGAUGGAUUGACGAGGGAGGAAAAAAACCUGCACAGUGACACAACUAGAGUAAAGAGGAGGCGGUUGAUGAGUGAGAGCAAAACUGAGAGUUACGGAACAAAGGACAAAAAAAGAGGGAAGGGGAACGGGAAAUAGCCGGAAACCCGCUGCUGGCUGGUUCCUUUCUGCCCGCACCAAUGUCCGAGGCGCGCCCGGUGCCUGCUGAAGACUGUCGACCGAAGCAUAGCGCACAGGAGCGGCCACUGGAGUGGAAAGCUUCGGGGAACGAACACCGCUGGAGCGCUUCUCUGUGACUGAGACUCUAUGCAAGGACAUUGCAGCUCAUUCGUAUUACUAUUAAAGUGGAAGUGGCUGUGACCUGUUUUGCUGCCCAGUGAUGGAUUCCCCCACAGAUCUUUUCGAUGACUCUGCUUCCCAGAUACACGCUUUCGCUCCCACUCACAGGUCUACAGAGCUCCCUGGAGUUCAUUCUCAGCCCAGUGCAGGUCGCCCUCCUCCUGCCUUUAGACCCCCUGGCUUCCCCCUCAUCCACCACCUCCUCCAGCCAGGUGGAGCCCCCAGGAGGAUUGGAGGGCAACUCAACACAAACCUGAGCGCACACAAACACCAGGAAGACAGAGGAGAGAGGGAUGGACAGGUGGAGCAAGGGAUGGAAGGAGGAGAAGAAGGAGUGAUGGAGGGAGAGGACAGCUUGUUGGGGGUUAAGAAGAGGCACAGUGAUGCCGCCCUCGCGGCCGAGUGGAGUCAAGUGAAGAGGAUGAAGCUGGAGAGCCGACCAAGAGAUGGAGAGACAGAGGAGGGAGGCAGGAGGCGCGAGGGAGGGAGGGAGGGGAAGAGAAGAGAGAGGGAGGAGCUGAAGGAACAGCUGGAGGACGCAAGAGAGAGAUUGCAGGCCCUGCAGGAGAAAGUAUGGAGGGCCUUUGGGGAAAAGCACAUGACAGAGGAGGAGAAGAAAAGGAGGCACAGAAACAGAGGAGGAGAUGGAGGAGAAGCAGAUGUAGGGAUGAUGGAGGAGGAGGACAUUACAGAAGGGCUGUAUGAUGAAGAGGACACUGAUGGGGGAGAGAUAGAAAAGGAAACUUUCUCCCUUCUCUCUGUUUCCCCCUUUGACAACUUCCACAAACGGAGAGAAGAGAGGCAAAAAGACAGAGAAGGGAGGAUAGAGAGAGGAAGAGGAGGAGGGUUGCACUUGGAGGGCGUGAUGGAGGGAGCGGGGUUGUGGUUGGAUUGCGGAGGGCUGGUAAGAGGAGACUGGCAUGGAGGGAUAGAAGACGAGGGCGAGGAGGGAGGGCAGAAGUUUGCUCAGGCGCUGAAGCUGGAGUUGGGCAGCGCUGUGGCACGAGUCAUCGACCGAGUUCUCCGCCUUUAUACCGAGAUGACAGAUUUCACUCCUUCCUCUCCUCCUGCCGCCAUCUCUUUCCUCCCGUCUGACGCAGGAAACGAUGGAGGGAGGGAGAGGGGAGUGUGGAUGGGACUGUUAACGAGUGGAAGAGUGGAGGAAAAAAGCAGAGGUAAGGAGGAAAAGACAGGGGCGCAGGAUGGAGAAAGAGAGAAGCAGCUCCAGAAAAUGAGCAACGGGAGCGCCCUGCCUCCAGGACAGCCUCAUCGCGCUGAACCAUCAGAUCUGACGAUGCCAUUGGCCGUUCAAAGGUCACCUGACAUACGAAAAGCCCACACACUCCUCGGCCCACCUCUCUCUGCUCACCUAAAUCCCUCUCAUCCGAACAUCUCCCUUCAUCACCCUUCUCUAUCUCGCCCUCCUCCUCUUUCUCAUCCUCCCCUCUUGCAUCCAGCCUCACAACCCAAGGACCCCUCCUCCUCCUCCUUCCACCCAUCCUCAUCCUCCUCCUCUUCUUCCUCAUCUUCCUUUCCCGCGCCUCCUCCUCCCCCUCCUCCUCCCCCUCCCCCUCCCCCCCUCUCUCUCCCCCUUCUCCACUACUCCAUGCAGCAGCUCUUCUCUCGCUCUCUUCACCACCCUCAGCUCCCCCACCUCACCCCGUCCCGCAAGGACUAUUUGAACUCCGACCCUUUCUUGGAGUUCUCGUCUCACCCCUCUUUCCCACCUCUCCCCUUGCUCGGUCACCUGGACCCUUCCCUUGCACGCCACGCUCACGGGGGCAGAGAGAGGGAGAGAGGGAUGAGGGGAGAUGGGGGGAUGAGAGGAGGGAUGGACGGAGGAGAGCUCUACCUGACAGCUGGGGGAGAAUACACCCAGGAGGGCUUGUCUCCCUGCCACCUGAAGAAAGCCAAGCUCAUGUUCUUUUACGCACGCUAUCCCAGCUCCAAUACACUCAAGACUUACUUCCCUGAUGUCAAGUUUAAUCGCUGUGUGACCUCCCAGAUGAUUAAAUGGUUCAGUAACUUCAGAGAGUUCUUCUACAUCCAGAUGGAGCGCUUUGCACGACAGGCUGUCCGCGAGGCUCUCACCCGGGAAGGUGCACCUCGUCUGGGCAGAGAGAGUCAGCUGCGAGUGGGCCGUGAUACAGAGCUUUAUCGCAUACUGAACAUGCACUACAACAAAAGUAACGUCUACCAGGUCCCAGAGAGGUUUAUCGAGGUUUCGGAGGUGGCUCUGAGGGAGUUUUAUUCUGCCAUUUGGACUGGGAGAGACAGCGACCCCUGCUGGAAGAAAGGGAUAUAUAAAAUUAUCUGUAAGCUUGACAGUCCUGUACCAGAUGCCUUCAGACUGCCUGGUUGUCCUGUCGGCUGAUGAUCGAACCCCUUUCAUCUGGUACAUGUAUACAAAUGCACAAAUGCAUGCAUAAAAACACAAACUUACUGAAAGUAGGGAAUUUUGUUAAAGUAUUCACAAACUGUACAAUUCCACACUGUGAGAUCUGGUAUGAGGAAAUCCAUCCAGUUCUACAGUUUGCUUAAUUCAUAAUUCAUUCAUUUUGGGGAAAAAAACAACAUAAUUUAAGAAAAAAGAUUUUGGACAUAGUAUGCAGGGAAAGACACAUACUUGCUUAAAUAGACAGAGACACACUGGGUCAAUAGUCUUGUGACUGCACUUAUCGAGUAACGCCACCAUACCAGACCAUAGGAAUUCCAAACAGUCUUCACCAGUCAGGUGACUUGUGAAAUCUCAUGGCUGCUACACAGGUUUGGUAAAACUGUUGUGAAACUAAGAGUCGCUGCAGCCACAGAGCUGGAAUGGAAAUAUGCAUAGUUGCUGUGCAUGGUGUCUUACCGUGAGAUGGCUACUGCUUCAGAUUGGUUGUUAAACUUUGUGAGCAUCAUGCCCUGGCUACACAUUAUUCAUUCACUUGAAAAAUAUAAUAUGCAUUCCCCUGGCAGCCCCUUGUAAAGCAUUGCAAUUCACAAAAAGUAACAUUCUAUGCAUCAAAUGUACUGCUGACAACUGUUUACCAAGCAUGGGCACUGUACAAACACAUGUUUCACAUGCUUUCAGACAAAGAGUCCAUGCCCUGAGUACACACCAAGUUUGUCAGAUUAGGUGCCCCACUGCCUUCAUCAUCACGUUCACUGUGAGCAUACAGCUCUGAAAAUUCCAGCUUCCUGACAUCUUUUCAAGAAAAAGCAGUAAUAUUGCUGUGUAAUCAUUCGCAAUCUUGCACAAACAGCGCCUAACUAUCACACCCAAACAUUUCAAUGCUGCUCUCCCUCAGGGGUGUUCACAGUUUUACAUUAGAGGCUUGUCAAAACAUCAGAUAUGAUUAUUGUUUGCUAGGAAUUAACUGUAAUUGUUGCCUUGUGCGUGGGCUUCUCUGGAGUGUCAGAAGUACCUUUUUUGUUCAGUGUGGCCCACAGCUUUUUCCAUUUUAGAUCCAGAUAUUUUUCCAUGGCUGUGAGGAUGCUUUCCUCUUUUUUGUUUUUGCUCCAACAACAGGAGGCUGUCAUGUUUGCUUCAUCUGAAGUUGGUUUUUGUAUCCACUAGAGAAAUCAGGCUUGAAAAUCUUUAAAGAAAAUAUGAGGACCAAUUGUAAUCGAUAUUACAUAAUAUAUUGGAACUGUUAAUGGUAGGAUUUAAAAAAAAAAAAGAAGUUGCCCUGGUUUUAGAGAACUGUCAGGGCAGUGGUUUCAGACAGUGGAUUUCUUUUGCUUGUAUAUCCAUUUCUUUGUUCAAUAUUAAAUUAUUAUAGAGCUUUUGUACAUGAAGGCACAAUGUAAUAAAAAUGUAAUUAUAAUUCUGCGAAAAGGGACAAUAUAUUGAAUUCAAAAUAGUAAAAUGAAUGUUUUGUUGUUUACUUGAUGUAUUCUUAUUGUUGAAAUAUUCACUUUUGUUUUUGUAUUCCUUUAAAUGUAUUCAACUAAACUAAAUAGGCCGGUUUCACAACUAGUAUAUAUUGUCAUUUGUUUCCCAAAGGUACUGCGGAAACUUUCACUCUGUUUACUGUAUAUCAUGACUCUUUUAUCUAGAAGACACUUGGGUUUCUGUUCAUUAAAAUGCUGGUUGACUGCUCCAGAUAAAGGCCUCCUCUGGCUUAAUCACAACUCGGUGAGACCGAGCCCGUAUGUGAACUAUUUGUGACGUGUUUGUUUUCAAGUGCAUGUUUCCUAGAUUUGCAUUACAUUUUGUAUUGUAAUCUCUUAUGUUUCGCUCAUUGCUUUUAUUGGUCUCUCUUUUAUAUUGUACAUAUUGUAUUCUUUAGAUCCGUGCCUCAUUCAAACUUUGGUGAAUUUUGAUGUUUAAACUUAUCAGUGAAUUAAAGUGAUACCAGGCUUGUGUUGUGAUGUCUGGAUUCACACCACACACACACAUACAUAAAACACACACACACAUAAAACACACAAGCUUUCUGGUGUUCAGGUCCUGGUAGCCAACACUAAUGCCAGCAUACUUUAAGCCUUUAAUCUAACAACACGACCACACUAAAACACACAUUCUCACUCACACUAACACUUGGAUAAGUCUAGCCACCUGAGACCGCACCACACACACACACACACACACAGUUUCUCUGGUAUGCUAUGUAUCCAAUCCACAGGAGUCUUGCAGAAAAAGCUUUUUGAAUAAGAAGCUGGAGAAUGGGUCUUGUCACACUGGGUGUGUGUAAGCCCAGAUGCAUGCUCCACAUAGUAGUUUUAAUUUGGCAUUUUGAAGGACGAGGUUGCACUAAGUCACAAUAAACACAGAGCACACACAUACAAAAGCAAAUGUUCCCUAACUAGCUUAUAUUUGGACUGUCUUUGUCAACAUUUAAGAAUUGACCAGGUCAGAUGUCAGCCAUUCAAAAUCAACACAAUGUUCUUGCUGGUAUUAGCUGCUAUCUAUUCAUAAAUUAUGUUCAGAUCUGUGAAGGCUUUGUGACACCAAUCCAGUUUUAAGGCUGUUAAUGAUGCUGAAGCUUUCAAAUAAAAUGGUCUCUUUGAAUGUUA